GUGUGUGUAUAUAUAUUCCCCUCACAGAUACUUGGCUUGCAUAUGACGCCAGACAAUCAAUCUUCGAGCAGCGACGGCGACAGCGGCAGCUGGGCGAUGCAUCUCUGAAGAAGAACCAAUAUUGGAAAUUCGUGACUAGAAAGGACUAUUGCUAGUUUCGUUUCAGGCGGUGAGGAUGUCUACCCCGGCGAGAAAGCGGUUGAUGAGGGAUUUCAAGCGGCUGCAGCAGGAUCCUCCGGCUGGGAUCAGCGGGGCGCCGUAUGAUAAUAACAUUAUGCUUUGGAAUGCUGUUAUCUUUGGUCCUGAUGAUACCCCUUGGGAUGGAGGCACGUUUAAGUUAACUCUUCAAUUCACAGAGGAUUACCCAAAUAAGCCUCCUACAGUGCGAUUUGUAUCUAGAAUGUUCCAUCCCAACAUUUAUGCUGAUGGAAGUAUUUGCUUGGAUAUUUUACAAAAUCAGUGGAGCCCGAUAUAUGAUGUUGCCGCAAUACUAACAUCAAUCCAGUCGCUGUUGUGCGAUCCAAACCCAAAUUCACCAGCAAACUCAGAAGCUGCAAGGUUGUUCAGCGAGAACAAGCGUGAAUACAACAGGAAAGUUCGUGAGAUUGUUGAACAGAGUUGGACCGCAGACUAGCCCUGGAGCUCACAAUUGAUGAGCAGAAUUUGCAAGAUUGAUUCUCCUGUAGAUGGUUGUGUUUUCUCCAAAAUGUUUGUUAUAUGAAAACAGCAAAAUACAAAAAGACAAAUAAAAAAUUAGCGGUUCUUGCAGUUUGGACGACACUCGUAAGAAUGUAUGACAUCUUAUUUUCAGGGUCUAUGAAGAGUCUUUAAUUUGAUGUA